GCGCCUCUCUCUCUCUCUCUCUCUCUCUCUCUCUCUCUGAACUGCAAUACAAACAAAGGAACGUGCUUUGAACUCCCUUGUCUCAUUAUUCUUUUUUGGGUAUUUUCCAGCCGAUUCAUGGCAUUGAGAUACCACAUUUUCAGAGAAUAUUAUUUCUUCGGAAUAAUAAUGUGGGUUUGAUUUCAUACAGAGAGAGAGAGAGAGAGAGAGAGAAUAGGUUGUUUGUGAAAUGUAGAUAUUAUAAAAGAAGUCUCUCAAUUUGAAGGGUUUUCUUAGGAUUGUUUUGAUAAUGUCUGAAUUGGUGGCCAGAACUGGUCGUCAUCAGCAGCGUUAUGAGGCCGGUUUCCGCCUCAUCUCGGGGUGUAUUCCUUUCAAGUACAAGAUUUCGUCCGAAGAUGAUGGCGAUACAUCUGAAAAGGUUGUUGAGGUACUUAUGAUCAACUCAACUAGCGGACCAGGUCUUCUCUUCCCAAAGGGAGGAUGGGAAAAUGAUGAAACUGUUGAGGAGGCAGCACUACGUGAAGCUUUGGAAGAAGCUGGAGUGCGAGGUGAUUUACUGAAUUUCCUGGGAUACUACAAAUUCAAAAGCAAAACACUCAAAGAUGAGUUCAGUCCAGAAGGUUUGUGUAAAGCGGCCAUGUUUGCUUUGCUUGUGAAGGAGGAGCUACACUCGUGGCCGGAGCAGAGCACUCGCCAAAGGACUUGGCUAACCAUUCCCGAAGCCAUCGAGUGUUGCCGGCAUCCGUGGAUGCGGGAGGCUCUCAAGGAAGGUUUUUCCAAGUGGCAUGCCAAUGGUAUGAUAAGCACCGUUAAGGGUGGUGAUGAUGAGGAUCCUGUUGUUUUUUCAUCUGCUUCCUCUCCAGACCGCAACAUUUAUCUCAUAUAGAUGCUUAAUAGUGCAUUGUCGUCUUCUAUUUUUUUUUUUUUUUUUGGAGGUUAGGAGCUGAGGAGAACAUACAGAGGGUUGUCUCUGUAGAGAUACUUUCAUUUUUCAUUUUUCUUUUUUUAUCGGCAGAGAUAGUUUCAUGUUACAGAAUACUGACUUUUGUUAAAUGUUCCAUCUAAACUUGUGAAAAGAAA